AUGGACGAUUGGAUUGACGAUGAUGACGAUGAUGACUUUUUAGAGUCUCUUUCCAACAAACCACCUAGAAGUGCCAACGUUUCUCAUGCUACCCAGGAUUGCUGCGAGAUUGCUAAACCGCAAGAACGAGAUGCAGAAUCUCAACUGCUUAAAGCCCAAGGCGAAGCGAGCAUGCUUCGAGACCGGCUCAAGCUGUUCGAAGCGGAAAAGGAGCAGGACCGAAAAUCACAAUUGCAAAAAAAUGCAGAUAAGAGCACACAACAUCAACAAGAAAUUGACGCUUUAAGAGCGGAGCUGCAAAGACUUGAAGAUGAGAAGAAAUUUCUCACGCUUACUGGCAAGUCUCGCUUGAAAAAUGGAGGGCCUUCAACUACAACGGCUACUCCAGACACGUCAACGGCCUCUCACGAUGGCAAUCAAAGCAGCAACCUAGCGGUAAAGAAGAGGAAGCUUCAAGAGAGUUCUCGCCAACUAGUAAGCCUAAAGGCCAAUCGGGUCAUUUCAGAUGAAGUUAGUCUUUUCGUCCAAUCAGUGAUUUCUCACCGUCUCAAAGACUCGGAGAUGACCACAUUGGACAUUUUAAAUCAUAUAACGUUAGCGGAGGUUCGGCCAUUCAGGUUUCGAGAUUUUGAAAUUGCCAGCGGCGACCCAGUCGGACAUGGUGUUUUCGAGCUUUUGCUGUCCCGCAAGAGAUCGGGCUACAAACUGGAUCAAUUUAUUGACUCAUUACUUGAAAAUUUGGCAGUACUAAUAAAGGAGAUCUCUGAAAGUACUAAAGAGUGCAAGACUGCAGUGCCGUUUUUAGUGGCACUCAUGCACCAUUCCAUUACGUUCCGUCCAAGUGCGGUACAUGCAUCGGCGCUGAAAGAUUUAUUUCACUUUAUGGUGGAUCUGGUUCGUACCCAUAGAAGCGUUUUAAAAAAACCGUUGAAUGAAUCACCACAGCACCUAGACGUGGAGCCCAAUGUUUUCCAAUAUGAGUUUAUUCGGGUUCUGACAGUGCUAUAUGCAUUUGACACGCUUGAAGAUAGUUUGAAGACGCUUCAAUCACUGUCGCCACAAUUGCAGCUUGCAUUCAUUGAUGACACAUUUUGUGAGGCGUUAGAUGAUCUAUCACGCUAUUCGUUGACAAUUUCCUAUCAGCCGGUUCUGAACGUCAUUUACAAUACGAUGGAAAUGCUAAAUUGUCUGGCGAAUAUGUUUUUAGAAUUACCACAAUUAGCCGCAAAAGUCCCAUGCAAAUGGUGGGAUAACAUGAAAUGUCGAUUUUACCACGUUCUCAACAAAACGACUAGCAACAAUAGCCAAUGUGAAGUUGAUCCAGGAUCCUUGUUUAUACCUGAUGAAACAAAUGUUUACGGCUUGAUCCGAAAUAUGGGUGAUAAUUACAAUGGUCAAUUUAUAUCUCAGCUGGUGAUUAGAAACGAAUCUCAAUCUAUACCCCAGGUAAUCUUAAAAGAGUUCCCUGCGACUGAUGGUAUUACUGAAAAAUCAAUCGACGUGGAGUGGUGGAGCUUGAGGCUUAAGAAGGGAAUUGUGCACCUUUUUGGUAAGUUAGCUAUCAUCUACAAAGGGGAGCCAGUUGAAAAGAACAUGAUCAAAAUUUUAGCCCGAUUAAUGGCCCAAACCCAGGAAGUUUUACUCACGGUGCUUUUGGGACAAGACUCAGAGAACAUACACUUGUAUUACGAAUUAUUUUCAGAGCUACUCAAAUUGAUAUUCCAAGUAUGGCAGGCGAAAGAAUGUGACUUGGGACUAAUACGAGAAGUUGAAUGUGAACUUGUAGUUUGCUUAUGGAGAGUUGUUUUUGGUACGACCACAGAGGAAGGUGCAAACAAAGUGGAAAUGAAAGAGCACAAGACUUUGGUUGAUCGCUUUGAUGAAUUGAGGAUUCAAUCAGAUAUGGAGCUGUUUGAGGAUGCAUUUGAUAAUGAACCAAGUGAUUUUAUACUACAAGAAGUGGAGUCGCAAAGUCUAGAACGAUGCCGAGAGAUUAUGGGCAUUGGAGUGGAGGAUAUUUUGAAAGAAAUGGCUAAAAAAAUGUUGGAGGGGAUAACUUCAAUGGAAGAUGCGGAUGCCUUGUAUUUAGCAAUGAGAGGCAGUGAUGAGGAAAUGACUGCCGAUGUGUAG